UUUAGCUUGUGAAACACAAAAUCUACUCUGUUUUCUUCAAGUCUCCAAUGGCAACUUCGAACGUGAAACAAGCCAUGGGCGAUCUAAACAAGGAAUCGUUUGUCUCACUUCUAGCAAAGAUCAUAGGAGAAUCCAAGUUCCUUCAAAACAACCCUCCAGAACUGAUCCCACAAGAAGACAAGGUGGUGAACCAUUUACUAGAUUGUCUCAAACCUUACAGCACAGCAACUGGGGGAGGUCCUUUAGUUAUUAACCAUGUUACUUAUUUCCCUGGAAGAGGCAAUCUCAUUGUGGAAUAUCCUGGGACUGAGCCUGGCAAAAUCUUGUCUUUUGUUGGUAUGCAUAUGGAUGUUGUCACAGCUAACCCUAAUGAUUGGGAUUUUGAUCCUUUCUCGUUGAGCAUUGAAGGUGACAAACUUCGUGGCCGGGGAACUACUGAUUGUUUGGGACAUGUUGCCCUUGUAACUGAACUAAUGAAGAGACUUGCUGAGACAAAACCAAUGUUAAAAUCAACUGUUGUUGCAGUAUUUAUAGCCAAUGAAGAGAACUCAGCAAUAACUGGAGUCGGUGUUGACGCACUAGUGAAGGCUGGUCUGCUUGAUAAGCUGAAGGGAGGUCCACUUUUCUGGAUUGAUACAGCUGAUAAGCAACCUUGCAUUGGUACCGGUGGUAUGAUACCCUGGAAACUCCAUGUGACGGGGAAGCUUUUUCACAGCGGUUUAGCACACAAGGCUAUAAAUGCAUUGGAGCUAGGCAUGGAAGCACUUAAAGAAAUCCAACUACGGUUUUAUAAAGACUUUCCUCCUCAUCCGAAAGAGCAAGUAUACGGAUUUGCUACACCAUCAACCAUGAAACCAACACAAUGGAGUUAUCCAGGUGGUGGAAUCAAUCAAAUUCCUGGAGAGUGUACAAUAUCAGGGGAUGUCAGGUUAACUCCUUUCUACGAUGUAAAUGAUGUAAUGAAAAAGCUACAAGAAUAUGUAGAUGACAUAAAUGAAAAUAUAGGCAAGCUAGACAUACGGGGUCCAGUUUCAAAGUAUAUCCUCCAUGAUGAAAACAUUAGAGGAAGCCUUACUUUGACUUUUGAUGAGGCAAUGUCUGGAGUUGCUUGUGAUCUUGAUUCUCGUGGAUUCCACGUAUUGUGCAAAGCUACUAAAGAGGCAGUUGGGCAUGUGAAGCCUUACUCAAUUACUGGAAGUCUGCCUCUCAUUCGAGAGCUGAAAGAUGAAGGUUUUGAUGUUCAAACGGCUGGCUAUGGUUUAAUGGCAACGUAUCAUGCCAAGAAUGAGUACUGCCUUCUUUCGGACAUGUGUGAAGGCUAUCACGUUUUUACGAGCAUCAUCGCUGAAUUAGAGGACUGAAUACAGUAGAUUAUAUAUGAACUAAAUAAGAAUCGUUAUUGUUCUCCCAUCAAUUAUAUGACAUGUGAACUGUUUGUAUGAAUAUUUCCAUACAGGGUGCCUACUGCACAAAGUUUGCUGUUUGUUUACUGGGGUUUUAGUUAUUUCUGUUGCUUUUUACGUGAAUUUGUAUGUAGGAAACUUGGCUCAAGAUGACUUAAAGGUUUAA